AUGGCCAAGAAACUGGCCACACUCAAACCCCCACUCUUUAUGGGAAAGGAAGACCCUAUGUUAGUUGAAAAUUGGGUUCGAGACUUUGACAAAAUCUUUACUGUUGCCGGUACCCCUGAAGCUCAAAAGGUUGACCAAGCUACCUUUUACUUGCGUGAGAAUGCUGAUACUUGGUGGGAAAACGAGGGUUCUGUCUUUAGGGCGCAAGAAAACUUUAAAUGGGAGGUAUUUAAACAGCCAUCAAGGAUUGAUUUUUCUCCGAAACACAUUAGAAGACAAAAGUAUAGUGAGUUUAGUAGGUUUAACCAAACUGUUGGUAUGAGUGUGCAAGAGUAUGCUGAGAAAUUUAAUAAGUACGCUAGAUUUUGUCCUAAUGUAGUGCCUAAUGAGAGAGCCAAGGCUCAGAAGUUUGAAGAUGGGUUGACUUUUAGGAUCCAAAAGAAGGUGAUUGGGGCUGGUACUGCUGCUACUUAUAAGGAGGCAUAUGAUAGAGCUUGCAAUAUCGAAAGGAUUUUGAGACGUGAGCAGGAGGUCAAAGAUAGGCAUAAGAGGAAAGGGAAUGGUAAGAGUUCAUCAAACCACCAAGGAUAUGACAAGAAACCUCGUCUUAGGGGUAAUAGUCAUGGGAAUAGUGGAAAUGGGUACAAUUGUCAGGGUGACCCAAUUACCUGUUAUGAGUGUAGAGAACCUGGACAUAAGGAACGCGAUUGCCUAAGGAAGCAGAAUAUCAAUCGUCAAGGGCAAGGUCAAGCGGGUCAAGGAAACAACAAUGGAAAUAAUGGAGGCGGAUUUGGAAGGAAUUUCAACUAUAAUAAUCGCUUCAACAACAACAAUGCCCCACACCAAGGUGCUAAUUCUCAAGGAGGUAAUAAUGGCAAGAACAACAAUGUCAAUGCCGGAGGCAACAAUAAUGGUCGAAACAAUGGAAAUGGAAGGAUUAGCAACGGAAGAAUCUUUGUUAUGAAUCAAAAUUAA